AUGCGCUGUCUACGCCCCCAGACGGGAAUACAACUCAGAUUUAUCUGCACAAGAUCUCUAGCAACGAUAACAGACGCAAGACGACCACAGACAUUCAUCGAAAAAGUCGUACAGAAGUAUGCACUCGGCCUCGCUCCAGGACAGACUGUUCAUGCAGGAGACUAUGUCAUGAUUCGUCCAGAACAUGUCAUGAGUCACGAUAACACUGGUCCCGUCAUCUCCAAAUUUAAGGCUAUAGGCGCUUCUCGCAUCUUUAACCCUCGUCAAACCGUGUUUACACUCGACCACGACGUACAGAACAAGUCGGACAAGAAUUUGAAGAAAUACGCGACCAUAGAGGCUUUCGCCCGAAGCCAGGACGUCGACUUUUAUCCGGCCGGUAGAGGCAUUGGCCACCAAAUCCUUGUUGAAGAGGGAUAUGCAUUUCCUCAAACACUCACUGUCGCGUCUGACAGCCACAGUAACAUGUACGGAGGGGUGGGCUGCGUCGGGACACCGAUCGUCCGAACGGAUGCAGCCGCCAUAUGGGCUACAGGACAAACCUGGUGGCAAGUCCCACGUAUGGUCAAGGUGGAACUUUCCGGAAAGCUUUCGCCUGGCGUAACAGGCAAGGACGUGAUCGUUGCCCUAUGCGGGACGUUCAACAAGGACCAAGUCCUCAACGCGGCUAUCGAGUUCACUGGAGACGGAAUAUCAGCAUUGGACAUCGACAAUCGGCUAACUAUAGCCAACAUGACGACAGAAUGGGGAGCGUUGGCGGGUGUAUUCCCAGUGGAUGCCAAACUCCUUGAGUGGUAUGAUGCCAUGUUGAAGAAGCAAGAGCUGCGAACGUUCUCGUCUUCGCGAAUUGGCUCUGCACCUCCCCCUCCAGAUCAUCCCCGACUCAAUCGUCAGCGGCUAGACAAGCUACGUUCAUCCAUCAUCAAUUCUGACCCAGACGCCGAGUAUUCCUCCCAUCUCAAACUCGACCUCGGCACACUGGUCCCCCACGUUUCGGGUCCCAAUAGCGUCAAGGUAUCCACCCCUCUCCCAGAGUUAACCGCCCAGAAGAUUGCCAUCAAUAAGGCAUACCUAGUCAGUUGCACAAAUUCGCGUGCUUCAGAUAUUGCGGCAGCAGCAGAAGUAGUGCGCGGUCACAAGAUUGCUCCUGGCGUCGAAUUCUACGUCGCCGCGGCCAGCUCUGUCGUCCAACAGGAAGCGGAAGCAUCAGGAGACUGGGGAACACUUGUUGGUGCUGGAGCACGAGUAUUGCCUGCAGGAUGCGGACCUUGCAUUGGAUUGGGAACGGGGCUCCUGGAAGAAGGUGAAGUCGGAAUCAGCGCGACGAACCGAAACUACAAGGGCCGCAUGGGAAGCCCCAAGGCUCUCGCGUACCUUGCCAGCCCCGCUGUCGUCGCUGCGAGUGCCGUCAAAGGAUACAUCUGUGGACCCGAUCACCUCAAGGAUGAGACACAUUUCACGUCCAAGGUUCCAUUACACUCCAUCGACACCAUCGCUUCCAGCAAGUCUUCGACCAGUGGCUCAGAAGCUGUGAAAAUGUAUCCUGGGUUCCCCACGACAUUCGGUGGACCGCUCCUCUUUGCGCCCCAAGAUAACUUAAACACGGAUGGCAUCUAUCCUGGGAAGUACACAUACCAGGAUGACAUGACGCUCGAGCAGCAGGCUAAAGUGGUCAUGGAAAACUAUGAUCCAUCAUUCGCCUCCACCGUCGCCGGGCUCGUCCGAUCCCAAGGACUAUCACCCGCAAGUGAUACAGUCAAGAGAGGCGCGAUAUUGGUAUCUGGAUACAAUUUUGGUACCGGAUCGUCCCGUGAGCAGGCUGCUACUGCUCUGAAAUCUGCAGGAGUGCCGCUCGUCAUCGCUGGAUCAUUUGGAGACAUCUUCAAGAGAAACGCCAUCAACAAUGCACUCAUCUGCAUGGAGUGUCCCGAACUCGUCCAGGAUCUCACGCAAAAAUAUACGCCAGAACACAAGCGCGGUCAAGGCGGCCUCCAAGGCGAGCUCACCAUCAAUCCAGGAUGGAAUAUUGAGGUCGAAAUGGCCAAUGGGUCGAUACGAGUCACGACAGAGGAAGGGGAGCAGCGAUUCUACACCGUUCGUCCGGUCGGGCAGAGUGUUCAAGAACUAUGGACGUGUAACGGGCUUGAGGGGUUUGUCGUACAAAAGCUGCAAAAUCAAGCAGUGUAG